AUGGGAAAUUUCUCAAAAAUUAUUCUAUCAAUCAUUUUUCUACUUUCAAUCAAAGAAUUGCUCGGAAAAUCGCCAAAAGAUGUUCACAAAAAUGAGCAACGUCUUAAAAUGAGCAAGAUUUUGAAACCGCGACUUGGUCAAGCCUAUCAAAGAUGCUAUUCUUUUGUGACUCCAAUGGAAUUGAUCAAAAUGGAAACUCCGCCGUUUUAUUGGAUGAGCAAAAAAAUGCUGAAAUUGAUGAAUUCGGAGAGGAAUUUCGAGGUUUUUUGUGAUUAUGUGACUGAAACUAUGGUCAAGAAGAGGAGUGUGGAUUAUUUUGGGAAUAGUUGGAAGGGUUUGGUGAGUUUUUUGGGGAGAAAUAAAAUUUGAUGUUUUUGAACAGUUUUAACCAAAAAUCAUGUAAUUUGGUGAAGUUUUACUCGAAAAAUAAACGUGGCACUUUUUUUAAAUUUGAAAAUGAUAAAAAUUUACUUGACACGUGGAAAUUGACGUGAAAAACAAUUUUAAAUUUUUUUUUUGGAAUUCGAAAAACAAUUCAUUUUUCCUGAAAUUUUAUCUGUAAUUUUCUUAUUUUCAAAAAUAACAAAAUUUUUUCUUCAUAGAAAAAUUUAUUCUUAAUCAGGACAGAAAAAAGUUCAUAAAAUUUUCACCCAAAAACCUCCGAAAAUUUUUAAUUUUGAUUCAAAUUUCAAAAACAAACUUGUGAUCCUUAUUCAUAUCCUCAGAAUUUAUCCGAACAUUUUUUGCGAUUUGUUCAAGGCACAAUUUUUAGCGCACUGAAAAUUGUCUUCUAGGGACGUUUUUUUCCGAGAAAAAACCCCUAGGAACAGAAACGCCGUGAAAAAUCGAGUUUUUGUUGGAUUUCUUGAUUUUUUGUGGAGGAGAUGAAUAAGUUCAACAAGUUUUUAAGGAAACAUAUCGGGUUUGGAGAUUUUGAGGAAAAAGUCAAUAAAAUCAGAAAACAAAUCAACAAUUAUGAAAUUGAUGCAAAUCUUGUGAAGAGUCUGUAAAAAUUCUGAAAAUUUUCCCUGAAAAUCCAAGAAAAAAAAAGUUCAGUGUGAAAAAUAGUUUAGAAAAAAAAGAAAAAAAAGUUCAGUGAAAAUUUCAAUAAAAUUGGAAAAAAUACACUGUGAAUUAUGUAGAAGGCUCAAAAUGGAUGAUUUUCUAGGCCGUGGACUAGAAUUUCAGGUUUCUUGGAAUUCUAGGCCGCGGAUAAGUAAAUUAUUUUUAUUGCAAGAUUUUCAAAAGAAAUGGCCUAGAAAGUUUACGUAUUUCUAGGCCGAGGGACUAGGCCAAAUUUAAUCUUUCCGUCGCUUUUUCGUGAUCCUGUUUGUUUCCUCAACUUUUUUUCAUUGUAGCUUGAAUUUUUGUCGUUUUCUUCAAUUUUUUUCGCCCAGAGUCGUAUUUUUGAAUAUCGUGUUCCUGAUUUUCAUAUUUUUUUUUCCGCGCUGAUCUCGGUGGAACUCCCACGUGAUGAACUUUCGGAGCGUGCCAGUCGGCUACUCCCUUCCCGAUUCCUAUCCCUAUCCCUUGGUUAUUCUGUGAAGUGAUUAUAUGGGUGAUCGGCCCUAUGAUGAUCCUAACUACUGGAAUUACGGAUUCCGAGCUACUCAUACUGCCACUAUUUAAGGGGACUAACCUUUGUAAGUCGCUAACGCGCCAUUAAUUAACAUUGUCGAGUAAUAAUGUUUAUUCAAUAAUAUAGUAUCAGAGAAAAGUACUUAUUAGCGAAGCAUAGAGGAAUGCCGGGGGGCGGAGCAUGAAUGAAUGUUGCGAAGUUCGUUUAUAUACGGUUUCAGAACAAUUACAGCCGUUCCAUUUCUCAUCACUAAUCGGGCCUCAUCACUAAUCAUCUCUAGUCCGCACCAUAUGUUCCCAUUGGUGUUCACGGUCCAAACCAUCGUCGCUUUUUCCGAUUGACAACUUCCAUGUGUGUAUUCGCACGUGUUGAGGUCCAUCGAGAUUAAUAAGAGAGAAUAAUAAAGAUCAGCAAUACAAUAAUAAAAAUAAUAAGAAUGAUCAGCACUGCAAUAAUAAAGAUCAGAGCGUUCUAAACUACAAUAAUUGAAUUAUGGAAAGAAUAAUAGAGAGAAUGUUAGAAGGUUAAAAAAAAAAGAAUUUCUACUAGACUAAAUGAGAGAUGGGUUAGUAGCCUAAAUAAGAGCUAUACUAUUGAAUGGGACGUAGGACCAGUUAGAGGUACAAUGCUAGGGUAAGGUGUUACUUCGCCCUAGUCCACAUCUCGGUGGAACCUCCAUGUGAAGGUAUGUUAACCUCCCUUCUCUAACUAGUCCCUGAUCCCUCGGUUAUUACAUGAAAUGGAUAUUGGUAUGAAAUGAAUAAGAGUAACUAUUUAUUGUGAAGAAAACAUAUAAGAGAAAUUACAUAGCGGGGAAAAGGUAGACUGAAGUGGGCGGCGUCCUAUGGCCUUUUUAUUGUGCGUUGAGGCGAUGGGCGGAGCAUGAGGGCCUCACAGUGGUACUACGAUGUUGUGGUGACGUCGGAAGUAUUGUCGAACCGUCAUGUUGCCGUAUGUUCUGUGAGUGAUACGGCUAUUUGACCUUCAAUUCGCAGCGUUCUUUUGAGAGCCAUUUCGACGUCGGCAUACGUAUUCGUCGGCUCGAAUCCCACGAGUUGUUCUUAGAUGUAUGUUUGGUGCGCUGACUAGUGCAAGGUUUCAUUGUAGCCUUUCUGGUGUCAUAAAGGUGACAAAUGAAAAAUAUAUUUUUUUAAGAUAAAAAUCGUACGUUCGUAGCUUUUUGCGUAUAAAAUGCAUAUUGUAAGAAAACCCUUUUCGUUCGUAGCUUUGAAAAAAAACUUCGUGAAUAAUUUUUUUAUGCCAGAACUCUGGCUGCAUGAAAUUUGAAAAAUUGUACGUUCCUAGCUUUUGCGUAAAAAUGAAAAUCUUUCCCAUCAAUUCGUGCUUUUAAAAACUUCGUAAAUAAUUGUCAGCCAAAGUUUUGGCUGCGUAAAAAAUAAAAAAAAACAAUAAAACUUGAUUUGAAAAAAAUAAAACGUUCGUAGGUAGCUUCUGUGUAAAAUUAAAAACAAACUCUUUUUGUUCUUAUCGCGCUGAAAAUUAAAUUCUUUCUAAUUUUGAGCUCGUUUUUAGAAAUUUUUUAAAGCUCUAAUUUGCCUUAGGUUAGAGACCAGGGUUCCGAACCGAUUCUGAAUUUUCGGUUUGGGUCGGGUCCAACCGAAAAAACCCACCCAAAACCACCCACUUAUACCCAGUUCUAAAAUAGAACCACCCAGAACCGAACCCGAAAAAACAGUUCUGGUUCAGACUCGACCCAAACCCGACUCGAACCAGACCCACCCAGAACCAAACCCAUUUUUAGAGAACCAACCCAGACCCAGACUCAAUGGAUCAGACUCGGGUAAGACCCAAACUCAUUCGAGAAUCAAAAAUACCCACCCGAACCAAUUCAACCCAAAUCCAACUCAAAUCCAAACCAUGUGGACUCGGGUACCCGGGUAAAAAUUGUUCUGAAAAAACAAUUCAAAUUUAUUCGAUAAUAUAAUAAUUAACCAGUUUUUUCCAGAAAUAUUUUAAAGAAGUUUAUGUUUCGCAAAUUUCAGAAAUUUUUAAAACCAUAACUAGCGGGUAUAGAGAAAAAAUUUCAGUUUUUGUUGAAUUUUUUCAACGAGAAUCAAAAUUUCGGUUUUUGUUGAAUUUUUUCAACGAAAAUAUUUGUAAAUCUGGAAGAGCUUCCAGUUUUACAAAUCCAUCAUUUUCGAGCCAAUUUUCAUGAUUUCAGUCUAAAAUUAUUUGAAAUUCAUUUAGUGGUCAUCAUUCGAGUAAUAUUCAAAGAAAGCGUUUGAAAAAAUAGUUGAAUAGUCGAUCAAUGAAAAUCGAAUAAAUGUUUCGAUAACUGGUGCAUUAUUUUAUUAUCGAAUAAAUUUGAAUUGUUUUUUCAGAACCAUUUUUACCCGGGUACCCGAGUCCACAUGGUUUGGAUUUGAGUUGGAUUUGGGUUGAAUUGGUUCGGGUGGGUAUUUUUGAUUCUCGAAUGAGUUUGGGUCUUACCCGAGUCUGAUCCAUUGAGUCUGGGUCUGGGUUGGUUCUCCAAAAAUGGGUUUGGUUCUGGGUGGGUCUGGUUCGAGUCGGGUUUGGGUCGAGUCUGAACCAGAACUGUUUUUUCGGGUUCGGUUCUGGGUAGUUCAUCCAUUUGUUUGUUCUGGAUCUGGGUCCAACCCGCUCGAACCAGACCCGAUCUGCCCCAAGAACCGACCCAGUUCGGAACCCUGUUAGAGACUGUGCGUAAAUUACAAACAAAUCCCCCCUAAAAAUCGUUCAAACUUACCUUAACAUCACAACGCUCAACAAUUCAAAUCAAUAAAAAUGUCUAAAAAAAAGCGAUUUCAAUAAGUUCCGCGAAACAACAUUGUAUUGUACAAGACGAGACCGUGAGAGACGCAGAGAAAAACACUGUGUACUUGACAGACAUUGACCGAAUUUGGACAAAUUUGCGCGAAAUGAGGAAAAAUGAAGCGGAAACUGGAUUUUAUGGCUAAUUUUGGGGGAAAAUCAAUGGUUUUAAGGAACAUUAAAAAAAAAGUUUUUUUUUUCAGAAACACGUGCCAAAUUUGAUAAUCUACAAUGUGACCAACUCGGUUUUGAUGAUUAUGUCGAUUUUGACGAUUCGAUUUGUCCCUGGAACUUUUGAAUUGGUUGGAAAUGUGAGUGAGAAAUUCACUGAACAUUUCAAGAAAGAAAAAAAUUGAAGUCAAAUUUUCUGCCUUCCAGACGCUCAAAAUAAUCCGAAAAUUUCGAUGGUCCACAAUUAUUCCGGUCUACUUGUGCUAUCUUCUUUUCUGCCUCUCAUUUGAAUUCAUGUUUGCUGCGCAAAUUGCCGAAGAUCGAUUGAAAUUGGGCGAUGAAUGGCAUGAACUGUUUUUUAAGAGUGAGGAUUUUAGAUGGGAUUUUGGGGCUGAAGAAAUGGAAGAAAUUUGAUAAUUCUGAAAUUUUAACUGAAAAAAUCUGAAAUUUAAGAGGAAUUUGGGGCUGAAAGACACCUCGUUAGCCUAGAAAAUGUUUGAAAAUUCUAAAAAUUUUUGAAUUAAAAAAUCUGAAAAUUUUUGAUUUUUCAUGAAUUUUCAGUCCCAAAAUAAAAAAAAAUUAAAAAAUACGUUUCAAGAUUUGAUAUUAUUUUUUUCAAAUUGUUUUUUCAAUUAAUGAUUUUACUAGCUGAACUUCAUACUGAAAUUAGAAAAUGCUCAAAAUUUAGCUGUAAAUUUGAAAAAUCGUGUGGUUUUUCAUUGAAAGUUUAUUACCAAAAUUUCUCCAAAAAUUCCGAUUUUCAGCAAGAUUUUCUCAUGAAAAUUUCCCACUUUUGCAGGCCACACAACUUGGGUCGACACAAAAAUUGAUCAAUUUCAUUGCAUCGUCGAUGAAUAUUGGAAAGUUAUGAACAUUUUUCGAACUUGGCUGAAUCCCUAUGAAGAAUAUCGUGCAAUUCUCAAUUCCACUUCUGGAAUUUUUUUCAAAAAUAUGUCGCUUGGAGAAUUUAUGAAGAUUAAGAAUAUGCCAGGUAGGGGAUUUUGGGGUGAUAGAUUAUCUGGAAGCCUAGAAAAAUCUGAAAUUUUUGGGCUGAAAGAUAAUCCGGAAGCUCAGAAAAUAUAUGAAAAUUGAAAACAAGCAGAAUAAAAGAAUAUUUAUGCUGUACAUUAUGAAAAAAACAAAUAAAUUUCAGUUAUUUAAAAAAUAUAAUUUCGUGGGCGUUCGGACAACAUUUUUUUCUUGAAUACUACCAUCAAUGGUUCCAAUCUCAGUGGAACCUCCAUGUAGGAAAAGGUAGCAAAAUUUUGUGGUUUACAAGCGCCAGAAUGGUGAUACUCACGUAGAUCAACCGGUUUUCUGAUCGUUGGGUUUGCUGGCUUUGAUGGUUCGAGUCAAUUUUCGCAGUUCGUGAUCCUGGGUGCUGGUGCGAGUGGUUUUCCAUAAUUGUAACUCAGAAUCCGAUAUCUCUCCUCUUUGUAUGCGGCGGUUUAUAAUUCUGCUACUCUCACUGUCCAGCUUUCGGUAACGUUUGAUGAAUCGACGUCGCCUUUGUAUUUCCGCGCGGCAAAUCCGUGCAGCGGGUCCAACAGGCGCCAAGUAUUGCGUUCCGCGAUGCUCCGUCGGUCAAUUUUGUGUUCGCUUGAAGGAAUCUCCGUGGAACAUCCAUGUAGGAAGAUCCCCCCCUUCCUCUUCACCAGGCCUAUCCCCUAGAUGAAUGAAUCAGAACGAGACAGAAAUGUAAGAAUUUAUUCAUAGCAAUUCUAAUUAAGCAGAAGCGACCGACCCAGAGUAUUUCUGAAGUCGGUUUAUAUACUAUCUGAAAUGGGCGGAGUUGAGUGGGCCGUUGUUGUAAUCGUAAUUUUCCGUGGGUUUUUUUUAAAAGAUAGUUUCGAGGUGUCUUCACAUUAUAUCUUUUUUCGUAAGAAUAAGUAGCUUGGAAUAGGUUUUUUACUACCCGGAUUAUAAGCUUUGUUGGAAAGAAACAUUCUUUCACAAAAAUUUACAAAGUCAUUUAAUGGGGUGAGUCAAUUUUAUUUUUUGACGAUUAAUUGACACAAAAAUUGAAACGUGAAAUUAAUCGCCCUUUAAGACUCACUUUUUUUGUCAAUUAAUCGCAAAAAACACGCCGAUUAAUUCGAUUGACUCACCCCAUAAGAAAAAUAACGGAAAAUAAAAAAAAAUUUCAUUGCAAAAGUUAAGGUAACUCCAGAUGAGUAUAAUCCCCUUGGGGUUUCACGAUUCAAAAGGGAACCCCUUUGAAAAUAAUAAUAAUAAAAUAUAAGAAGAGAAAAUUUUCAAGAGAAAAGAACGGAUAAAUAAAUCUGAACUUUUUACACAAUGUCCAACAUGUGUUAGGUGGGCACAGAUAUUUUCUAUACUUUUUUAAAGAAAAAAAAUUGGGGGACUUGAUUUGAGAUAAGGAUGUGAAUUCCGAGAGACAAGUUUUUCAGAGCGCCAAUUAGAUGUGAUAACUCAAAAAGUGGUCGAUAUUCUUCACAAAUAUAUGCUGAAACCACCGAAUCCAGCAUUGGCCAGAACGAAUGAUUUGAAAGGAUUGGUGUCCACUUAUUAUAACAAGACAUUGCAAUUACCGGUGAGGAGUUUUGAGGCACUUUUUGGGAAGAAAGUGGGAGGAGCUUGAAUUUGGAGCAUUUUGAUAGGAAAUAGAUGAGAGAAUUUUCUAUCCAAAAAUUGUAAUUUUACGAUUUUUAGUAAUUGAAGAAAUUCGCGUGGCAUUGCUCAGAUUUGAAAAUAAAUCUGUAGUUAAUUAUUCCAGCUUCAAGAAGAUGUGUUGUUCCUGAAAUUGGCAAUUCCAUUAAUGUCAAUGAUAACAAUAAUAAUUGGAAUAUCCGUAUCGAUUUUGGCAAUUUACCGUAAUUUUGCGUGGCAUUCAAAAUUAUUGAACGUUUUCGAAAAACUUCAAUUCAUCAUUUUAUUCAUUAUUUUUGCCAAAACUUUCAUUUUUGUGUGAGUUUUCUUCAGUUUUUCCCUUUUAAAAAAUUCCCAAAAAAACAUUUUCCAGAGUCGGUUUGGCGCAAGUUAGCGGAACUUAUGCGGUUCAACGAACUUUGAGCGGCGGGAAUUUUACGUUUUUGAAAAAUGCGAAAACUAAGCACGGCAUUUCGAUCGGCGAACUUUUUAGCGAUUCGUAUAGCACAAAUCGGACGAUUUAUCAACUGAUGGGAAGAAAUUGUGGGUUUUUACGGGGAGGGGUGGAAGUUGAAGAUGGGUUAGUAAAACUAGACUUUAGUUUGACCUAGUUUAGAGUUGAUGUUACUUAACAACAAACUACAAACAAAUAUGCAUAUAACUAGGUCAAAAUAAAGUAUAGUUUUACUCUAGCCAUUUUUUUCUCUCGCGGUUUUUUAUUCAAUCGUUUUUUUUUCUGAAAAAAAUAUAUUCCAGCAAAAUUUACGUUUCAAAAAUGUGAGAUUAUCAGAUUUAUAUUUGAAAAUUGAUGAACUUCGGACUUUAGCUAUUGAUCAGAAAAUAUUGAUUUUUUUAUAGCAAAUUCAAAUUUGAACCUCGGAAAUUUACGUUUAAAAAUUUUGAUAUCUUUGAAAAUUUUUUUGAUAAAGCUGGUUACACUUCCCUUCAAUAGAGAAAUGAAAAUUCACAAAUAAAGUUUCAAAUUUUGAUUUGAUCUACCUAAAAAUAAGUGCGCGAAAAAUUUGUUUUCUGUGUUUUUUUUUGUUUUUAUUUUGCAAAAAAAUCAAUUUUAUGUUGCCCACGUGGCUAAAAUUUGAGAUUUUUACUUAGAAUUUGCCAUGUGGAACUUCACAAUCUUUUUCGAAAAUGGAAAUAUUUUUUGAAAUUAUUUUUUCCAGGCUAUGGUUUUGAUUCUCGUCCCGAACGCUUCAAUCCCCAGAUUUUGCUCACCAAUUUCACAUUUCUCAACGCGAUUCUGGGCCCAAAAGCCAACGAAAACUUCAACACCAAACCAAUUUUCCGCCACUUCGCACAUCAUUUUGGAUUCCAACUCCAAGAAUCGCCGAGAUUUUUCAACGCCAUCUUCUUUUCGCUCAACUUUUCCCGCUUCACCAAUGCUAUUAUGAAACAUGUUAUUGUGCCGGUUAGCACCCCUGUUUGGUUGUUGGGUGAGUUUUUUGGAGGUUUUGCGGGGGGAAAUUUGGAAAAUUCAGAAAAUUUGUGACAAAAUGAGCCUAAAUAUGGUUAUGGUUACUGUAGGAAGAUUUUUGGUCUGAAAAUCUUGGAACUUGUCCAAUUUUCAUUCAACUUGGAUUUUUGUUUAAUAUGAGCAAUCAGAAAUCCCCUUUUGAAUAGAAAUUAGUACCCAGUUAAUAUGAGCAAUCGAAAUUUGUUGAUUAAUAUGAGCAAUGCUCCAGAAAUCCCAUUAUUAAUCAAAAAUGAUCAAUUUUUCUUGAAUUCAUAAAAUUUUUCUUGAAUUCAUUUUUCAAAUCCACGUGGUAUUGCUCAUAUUAAACAUUUCUAUAUUUCAGCAAUGAUGCCAGUCCUCCACUAUAUGAUUGCCCUUUAUGUGAUGUUUGCUAUUCCGAAAAUCAAGCGAAAAAAUUCGAGUUCGGCGAGCGAGGAAUUCAUUUUAGAAGGUGAUUGA